GGCCAUCGAGAGCUCAAGCAAAGAGGACGACACUGUCUGGCUCACCUACUGGGUGGUGUACGGGCUCUUGGGCCUUGUCGAGUUCUUCAGCGACCUACUCCUGUCCUGGUUCCCUUUCUACUACGCGGGCAAGUGCGCCUUCCUGUUGUUCUGCAUGAUUCCCGGGCCAUGGAACGGUGCCCAUCUACUGUACCACCGCGUCAUACUGCCACUGUUCCUAAAGCAUCACGCAGCAGUGGACAGCGUGGUCGGCGAGUUCAGCAGCAGAGCGCUGGACGUGGCAACAGGAAUAGCUCGGGACGCUCUACAGACUCUGGCCCGCAGUCGGGCCCUCAUCACCCCAGCGGGGCCCCCGCUGCCCAGACAGCCAGCCGAAACCGAGGCAAGCCUGACCCAGCACCAGAAAGACAAGUGAAGGCUCCAUCUGCCCCAGGCCCAGACAUGCCGGCCAAGACCGUGAUAGAGCCCAAGAACCCAGCGCACCCCAAGAGGGACCCCAAGACCCCCCUGAAGUCCUCCAUUGAGCCCCCCAAAGAAUCCAGCAACCCCACAACCACCAGCAAGCUUCUGCCUGACACCUCCUCCCCAAUCAGUUCCUUGGUCCAUUCCCAAACUGGCUCCCCUCGCAUCCGGGAUCCAUCUCCAUCCCGAAGCUUGUUCACCCAGCCCCAGUUGUCUAGCCAGUCCCAAGUGAACAGCCCGUCCCAAGGGAACAGCUCAUCCCAGGUGAACAGCCCAGACCGGGUGAACAGCCCGUCCCAAGGGAACAGCUCGUCCCAGGUGAACAGCCCGGAACGGGUGAACAGCCCGUCCCAAGGGAACAGCUCGUCCCAGGUGAACAGCCCGUCCCAAGGGAACAGCUCGUCCCAGGUGAACAGCCCGGAACGGGUGAACAGCCAGUCCCAAGGGAACAGCUCGUCCCAGGUGAACAGCCCGGAACGGGUGAACAGCCAGUCCCAAGGGAACAGCUCCUCCCAGGUGAACAGCCCGCACCAGGUGAACAGCCAAUCCCAAAAGAACAGCCCGAACCCAUCCCAGAGCCCAUCCCUAAUGAACAGCCAAUCCCAAGUGGACAGCCAGAGCCCAUCCCAGGGCAACAGCCAAUCCCAAGUGAAGAGCCAGAGCCCAUCUCAGGGCAACAGCCAAUCCCAAAUGAAUAGCCGGAGCCCAUCCCACAGCAACAGCCAAUCCCGAGUGAACAGCCAGAGCUCAUCCCAGGGCAACAGCCAAUCCCGAGUGAACAGCCCGAGCUCAUCCCAGGGCAACAGCCAAUCCCGAGUGAACAGCCCGAGCUCAUCCCAGGGCAACAGCCAAUCCCGAGUGAACAGCCCGAGCUCAUCCCAGGGCAACAGCCAAUCCCGAGCAAACAGCCCGAGCUCAUCCCAGGGCAACAGCCCAUCCCAAAUGAACAGCCCGAGCCCAGCCCAAGGGAACAGCCCGAGCCCAUCCCAAGGGAACAGCCGGAGCCCAUCCCAAGGAAACAACCUGAGUCCACUGAGCCCAUCCCAAAUGAGCAGCCCGAGCCCAUCCCAAGUGAGCAGCUCAAGUUCAUCCCUAACGAACAGUCCGAGCCCAUCCCAAAUGAACAGCCCGAGUUCAUCCCAAAUGAACAGCUCAAGCCCAUCCCACGUCAACAGCCUGAGCCCAUCCCAAGUGAAACGCCGGUCAGUGGUGAAUAGAUGGAGCCCUACCCAGGUGAACGGCCCGAGCCCAUCCCUAGUGAAUGGCCGGUACCAGGUGAACGGCCAGUUCCCUGUGCAUGGCCAGUCCCACAGGCCUAGCCAGCUCCGGGAGCCCCAUGCCAGUGACCCAAGGCAGGAAAAUGGCCAGUUCCAGGCAAAUGGUCAGUCCCAGGCAAGAGGCCAGUAUCGAGCGAGUGGCCAGUACCGAGAAGGCAGCCAGUCCCUGAAAAAUGGCCAUUAUCAGACAAGCGGCCAUUCCCAGGGGUCCAUCCAGUCCCACAGGAGCAAACCUCCCACCAACUCUUUGGGCUUCUCCCAGCAGAGCCAACGGGCCACCGGCUUCACCGUCCGGGAGGCAACCCCCGGCCAGUUUCCCUGUGGCACUCUCAAUCACGACGCCACCAGUACUGCCCUCCCACAGUACUCCUCCAAGACCUCUGACAGGCCAGGGGCCAAAAGCCCCAAAGACCCCAAGACCCCCAAAGCAAAGUCCCACGGACAGUCUGGGAAGGGUGUCACCGCCCAGGCCACCAGCAGCUCCUCAGUCCCCGAGCUGCCCUCGGCCUGCUCAUCUGAGUCUUCUGAGGAUUAUACUUCUGAGUCGACUACCGAGUUCACCUGCACCUGGCCCCAUCACAGAUACGGAAUCCACUACCUGCAGCACUGCUGGAAGCGCAAACACCUAGCCUGUUAGGGGGUUAAUAAAGAUCAUGGACCAA